CUGAACGGGACGUGAUACAAACUAUCCGCCUCUUGUCGCUGUUGUCUCCGGCGGUGUGGUGGAAGCCAGCAAAAAAAAAGACUAAAAUGGCGCUUACUCAACAAGGAACAAAGAAAAAAGUUUGCUACUACUAUGAUGGUGAUGUUGGAAAUUAUUACUAUGGCCAGGGCCAUCCCAUGAAACCCCAUCGAAUCCGCAUGACACACAACCUGUUACUGAACUAUGGCCUCUACAGGAAGAUGGAGAUAUAUCGUCCACACAAAGCCAGUGGAGAGGAGAUGACCAAGUAUCACAGCGACGAUUACAUUAAAUUCCUGCGCUCCAUCCGACCAGACAACAUGUCAGAAUACAGCAAACAAAUGCAGAGAUUUAAUGUGGGGGAGGACUGUCCGGUUUUUGAUGGUUUAUUCGAGUUCUGCCAGCUCUCAGGGGGGGGCUCCGUUGCUGGUGCCGUGAAGCUGAACAAACAGCAGACAGACAUAGCUAUCAACUGGGCUGGAGGCUUGCAUCACGCCAAGAAAUCAGAGGCCUCUGGGUUUUGCUAUGUCAACGACAUUGUCCUGGCUAUUCUCGAGUUACUCAAGUACCAUCAGAGAGUUCUGUACAUAGAUAUUGACAUCCAUCACGGUGAUGGUGUGGAGGAGGCCUUCUACACCACAGAUCGUGUCAUGACAGUGUCAUUUCACAAGUAUGGAGAGUACUUCCCUGGCACUGGUGACCUCAGAGAUAUCGGUGCUGGGAAGGGUAAAUAUUACGCUGUGAAUUACCCACUAAGAGAUGGGAUUGAUGAUGAGUCAUAUGAAGCCAUAUUCAAACCUAUCAUGGCCAAGGUGAUGGAGAUGUACCAGCCCAGUGCAGUGGUUCUGCAGUGUGGAGCCGAUUCUUUGUCUGGAGACAGGCUUGGCUGCUUCAACCUCACUAUUAAAGGUCACGCCAAGUGUGUGGAAUACAUGAAAAGCUUCAACCUGCCACUGUUAAUGCUGGGUGGAGGAGGAUACACUAUCCGUAAUGUGGCACGCUGUUGGACAUAUGAGACGGCUGUAGCCCUUGAUGCCACCAUCCCCAAUGAACUGCCAUACAAUGACUACUUUGAGUACUUUGGACCGGACUUCAAGCUGCACAUCAGCCCCUCCAACAUGACCAACCAAAACACCAAUGACUAUCUGGAAAAGAUCAAGCAGCGUUUGUUUGAGAACUUGCGUAUGCUACCCCACGCCCCGGGAGUACAGAUGCAGGCCAUCCCAGAGGAUGCUAUACAGGAGGACAGCGGAGAUGAGGAGGAGGAGGAUCCCAACAAGCGCAUCUCAAUCCGCGCUCAUGAUAAGAGGAUAGCAUGUGAGGAAGAGUUCUCUGACUCCGAGGAUGAAGGUGAAGGAGGCCGCAGAAAUGCAGCCAGCUAUAAGAAACCCAAACGAGCCAAAACCGAAGGAGACAAAGAGGGAGAAGAAAAGGAGAAGAAAGGUGAGGAGGAAACAGAAGAAGUAAAAGAAGAGGAGAAGGUGCCGGAGGAAGAGAAAAUGGACACAUCAAAGCCGAAAGAGGAGUCCAAGACACCCUGAGGUCACAAGGCACCGAUGGACCUGUUCAGGACUGCUUUUAAACCAAGUUUUCUUUUUUUUUUUUUCUUUUUUUUUUCCCUUGAUAACAUUUCCAUUUAGCUGGAAUGGAAAUGGACUGUACGUUUAUAAUGAGACCUUACUUCCUCUUAAUUACACAGGGAGUGAAAUAACAUAUGUUUUCUAGAACACCUUUCAGCUGUUUGGGACUCAAGUCAAGUGAGAGUAUUGUUUUCGUUUGCUUUUUUUCCUCUUUUGUAAGCUAAAAUGCUUUCCUUUGUGGAGCUCCUCUGUAAAAAA